AUGCGUCGUAACUCAGCAAUUCGAUCAUUCACUGAAUCGGUUGAUUCGGAUUUUCCACCAGCUCCGGAAUUGCCUCCUUCGUUAAAUAUCGAUUUGCAUUAUCCAGAAGAAGUGUUAAGAAGAAGUGAAACAUCGGAGACAAUUAUUGAGAGAAAACCUAAACAAUCGUUACAAGAUGUGGUCAGUGGUACUCAAAAAUAUCCUGUAAUGGUACCUGGUCCAGGUCAUGUUGAUGAGGAACAAGAACUUCAUGCAAGUCUUUUGCAUCAGGAUGACGAAGGCUCUGAAAGUGAUAUGGAAAUUCGUAAUUUCCAGACGGAACAAUCGUUGAAUAUUACCAAUACAAAGCAACAGCAAAAAAGACGUGAUCGUGAUCAUGAAGCAUUACGUCAUGAAUAUUCAGUAUCAACGCUGGAACGACCACGACCAACAACGCCAACGUCAUGGUGCGCUAUUGAGAAUUACGUAGAAGGUUCCAUAGAAGCUGAUUCACCACCGAUCGUAGAAAAAAAACAAAAGAUUCACGUCAGUAUACCAAAUCAUAAUGCACCACAAACACCAAAACGUCGUCGUCGAGCAUCCAUGUCAUGGUUUGAUUUUUAUGAAACAAUGUCAACACAAAUACCAUCACAAGUUCGUAAAUCAGUUUCUGGUCGUACUACACCACUAAAUAAUUAUGAUGGUGAUAUACUGGAAGAAGAUCCAAAAUAUCGGAAUGUAGCACCACCAAAACCAGUCAUCCAUCGUCGUUCAUCAACUGAUUGGGAAAGUUUCAUAGAUAAUGGUAAAGAUUUUGAAUUAAUUUCAUUUUGGUAUAAAAUAUAA